GCUCAGCCUGCCAAGCCCGGCCACCGCAAGCCAACCCCAUCCCGAACGCAAAAGAUCCCGUGCGAGCUUGCGGCGGCGACGGUGGUGGACUAGAUUAGACAAUAGCCUUCCACCCAUCCGUAUACCCGUCUCGCUGCCUGCUGCUGCCGCCGGAGCCGUCGCCAAUGGCUCGGCUCAUGCUCUCCGAGUGCUGCGGCCUUGCGCCGCUCCGCCUUCGCGGCGCCAUUGCGGCGCCGGCUCCCCCCUCGCUCGCCGCGGUGCCGCGCAGGCCCGCGGCGGCGGCCAUCCACCGCGAGUGGGCGCUCCGCGUCUCCGCGCCCACCCGCCUCGUCUCCGCCGUUGAGGAGGACAAGAGGAGCUCCCCCCAGGGAGAGGAGAAGGAGGUGGUGGCGGCCAACGGCGCCGAGGGUGACUUCGAUCCCGGGGUGCCGCCGCCGUUCGGGCUCGCGGAGAUCCGCGCGGCCAUACCCAAGCACUGCUGGGUCAAGGACCCCUGGCGCUCCAUGAGCUACGUGCUGCGCGACGUUGUCGUCGUGCUGGGCCUCGCCGCAGCCGCCGCGCGCCUGGACAGCUGGCUCGUCUGGCCGCUUUACUGGGCCGCGCAGGGCACCAUGUUCUGGGCGCUCUUCGUUCUCGGGCACGACUGUGGACAUGGGAGCUUCUCAAACAACUCCAAGCUGAACAGCGUGGUCGGCCACAUACUCCACUCCUCCAUUCUUGUCCCAUACCACGGAUGGAGGAUUAGCCACAGGACGCAUCAUCAGAACCACGGCCACGUCGAGAAGGACGAGUCCUGGCACCCGCUACCAGAGAGGCUGUACAACAGCCUGGACUUUAUGACCCGGAAAUUGCGGUUCACCAUGCCGUUCCCCUUGCUCGCAUUCCCGUUAUACUUGUUCGCAAGGAGUCCAGGAAAGUCAGGAUCACAUUUCAACCCGAGCAGUGAUCUGUUCCAACCUAAUGAAAAGAAGGACAUAGUAACAUCAACAGCAUCCUGGCUGGCCAUGGUUGGUAUUCUAGCUGGUCUGACCUUUGUGAUGGGGCCUCUUCAGAUGCUAAAGCUCUAUGCCAUCCCAUACUUGGUAUUCGUUAUGUGGCUGGAUAUGGUCACAUACUUGCACCAUCAUGGCCACGAAGACAAGCUUCCCUGGUACCGUGGAAAGGAAUGGAGUUAUCUGCGUGGAGGACUGACGACGCUCGAUCGGGACUAUGGAUUGAUCAACAAUAUACAUCAUGACAUUGGAACUCAUGUCAUCCAUCAUCUUUUCCCUCAAAUCCCGCAUUACCAUCUCAUUGAGGCGACUGAGGCAGCAAAACCUGUGCUUGGCAAGUACUACAAAGAGCCAAAGAAGUCAGGUCCUCUCCCAUUCCACCUAUUUAGGGUGCUAGCACAAAGCUUAAAGCAAGACCACUAUGUUAGCGAUACCGGAGAUGUUGUCUACUACCAAACUGACUCGAAAACGAACACCUCUGCACAAAAUUCUGAUUGACAUACACGAUAGCGUGCAGCUUACUCUUCAUCUUCUCAGGAGGCUGUGCCUUAACACCUGAACAGCCUCCUGGGACCUCUGAUUGGUGUUCUCGAGUCCAUUGAACCUCGAAGCAAGAAUGUAACUGGCAAAGUCUAAUCAUUGUAAAAGAGGGUAUAUGUAAUUCCUUCCAAUGAUUGAAGAUAGGGUAUAUGUUACAUCUGAUGUAAGAAACAUACGAUUCUUUGGACAAGAUAGAUUACAGUAAAGAGUGCAAGAAAAAAGAGCUUACUUACCUGAA